AUGGAAGAAGUUCAGAAUUUGAGUAACGAAUAUGGGUUCAGUGAGAAUCAUAUUCCAGUCAAUUUAUAUCACAACUUGGAUGAAGGUUUUGAGGGUAUUCCUUUGCAACAUAAUAGCCCGGAUUUCUCCUUUGGUUUAGGGGUUCCAGACCAUGGAAUUGGCAAAACAUCCCCUUCUGAGAAAGUUGAAGCAGAAUUUAUGGAGGAGGCUUACUUCCAUAAUCCUACGCUCGAGUACAUAAACCAGGUGCUUAUGGAAGAUGAUGCUGAAGCUGAGGCCUAUUUUAUUGAAGAUUCCACUCUCCGUGCUGCUGAGAAGGCCCUAUAUGAUACUCUUAAUGGCAUACAUUGUCCAUCGUCCAGUGAACCAAUUCAUCAUCAGGAUUCAAUCAGUUUGGAUGCUACCAUUUCUAAUAGUCGUGGCUGUUGUUUUAACGGCCAUGUGAAUGCAAGCAACUUUGCCCAAGCUGGUUUUACUAAGAAUUUCUGCAAUUCCUCCCAUGUCCUAAAUCCUCUAGUUCACAAGACCUUUAUGUCCAAACCAUCACUGGACUGCACUCCAAGCAGCUCCUCUGAUUCGGUUGAUGGGUCAAUGUUGAUGAAGCCUCCCACUAAUGUACCAGUGGAUAGUCAAUUUAGUUUGCAAUUCAAUUGGGGCAUGAGGGAAAAUAUAAGGAUUUCAAAGGGAAAAGACAAGGCAGAAAAGGACCAGGAUGAAUUGACAAAUAGGUUGGAGUGUGGCACAAGUGUUCAAGGUGAGAAUGAUUUGGAGGCAGGGAGGGGUAGCAAUCAAUUGGGCAUCUCUACUGAAGACUUUAUAUUAUCUGAGAUGCUUGAUAAAAUGUUACAGUUUAAUUCUGACAAGGACGUGGUUACAUCAAAUUCCAAUGAUGGUAUCUUGCCAAAGGAUGGAAAGGUAGGAGGACGUAGCAAGGGAGCUAGCUACCAAAGAAACAUAUCAACAUAA